CGUGCUCACCCGGCUGGCCGCCCGGCUGCGCAGCCAGCUCCUCCCCGCAGCGGCAGCGGCUCUUCCCCGCCCGCUUCGCAGGAGCGACACCCCCAGCAGCGUCAGGCUUUAGAAGAAUACCCAUAACAAAAUGAGCAAUCCAGCUAUUAAGAGACUAGCAAACAAAAUUAUCAAAUCACCUGAGGAUAAGCGAGAAUAUCGUGGACUAGAACUGGAAAAUGGCAUCAAAGCAAUGCUCAUCUGCGACCCCACCACAGAUAAGUCUUCAGCAGCACUUGAUGUACACAUAGGAUCAUUAUCAGACCCCCCAAACAUUGCUGGGCUAAGCCAUUUUUGUGAGCAUAUGUUGUUCUUGGGAACCAAGAAGUACCCAAAAGAGAAUGAGUUCAGUCAGUUUCUUAGUGAGCAUGCAGGAAGUUCAAAUGCUUUCACCAGUGAAGAACACACCAAUUAUUACUUUGAUGUGUCACAUGAACAUCUAGAGGGUGCAUUGGACAGGUUUGCUCAGUUUUUCCUAUGCCCUUUAUUUGAUGAGAACUGCAAGGAAAGGGAGGUGAAUGCUGUUGAUUCCGAGCAUGAAAAUAAUUUAAUGAAUGAUGCCUGUCGAUUGUUUCAAUUGGAGAAAGCAACUGGAAAUCCCAAUCAUCCCUUCAGUAAAUUUGGAACAGGGAACAAAUUCACUUUGGAAACUAGACCAACUAAAGAAGGAAUAGAUGUAAGACAAGAGCUGUUGAAGUUCCAUUCUACUUAUUAUUCAUCAAAUUUAAUGACUAUUUGUGUCCUAGGACGGGAAUCCUUGGAUGAGCUGACCGGUUUGGUAGUGAAGCUAUUUUCAGAAGUAGAGAACAAAAAUGUUCCAUUACCAGAGUUUCCUGAACAUCCUUUCCAAGAAGAACAUCUUCGGCAACUUUACAAAGUGGUACCUAUUAAGGACAUUAGAAAUCUUUAUGUCACGUUUCCAAUACCGGACCUUCAGAAAUACUAUAAAUCAAACCCUGGUCAUUACCUUGGUCAUCUCAUUGGGCAUGAAGGUCCAGGAAGUCUUUUAUCAGAACUCAAAGCUAAAGGCUGGGUAGAUACUCUUUUUGGAGGACAGAACGAAGGUGCUAGAGGUUUCAUGUUCUUCAUCAUUAACGUGGACCUGACAGAGGAAGGGCUUUUGCACGUUGAAGAUAUAAUUUUGCACAUGUUUCAGUAUAUUCAAAAACUACGUGCAGAAGGACCUCAAGAAUGGGUUUUCCAAGAAUGCAAGGAUCUAAAUGCUGUGGCUUUCAGAUUUAAAGAUAAAGAAGAACCACAAGGUUAUACAUCAGAGCUUGGAGGGAUUUUGCAUUAUUAUCCCAUAGAAGAAGUGCUUGCUGCUGAAUAUUUACUUGAAGAAUUUAGGCCUGAUUUAAUAGAGAUGGUGCUGGAUAAAUUGAGGCCAGAAAAUGUCCGGGUUGCAAUAGUUUCUAAAUCUUUUGAAGGAAAAACUGAUCGAACGGAAGAGUGGUAUGGAACACAGUAUAAGCAAGAAGCAAUUUCUGAUGAAGUCAUCCAGAAAUGGCAAAAUGCUGACCUAAAUGGGAAAUUCAAGCUUCCAAUGAAGAAUGAGUUUAUUCCUACUAACUUUGAAAUUUUGCCACUAGAAAAGGAUGCACCACAGUACCCUGCUCUUAUCAAGGACACCGCUAUGAGCAAACUAUGGUUCAAGCAAGAUGACAAAUUCUUCUUGCCAAAAGCUUGUCUCAACUUUGAGUUUUUCAGCCCAUUUGCUUACGUGGAUCCCUUGCAUUGUAACAUGGCCUAUUUGUACCUUGAACUACUCAAAGACUCCCUCAACGAGUAUGCAUAUGCAGCAGAACUAGCUGGCUUGAACUAUGACCUCCAAAAUACCAUCUAUGGGAUGUAUCUUUCUGUGAAAGGUUAUAAUGACAAACAGCAUAUCUUGUUAAAGAAGAUCAUUGAAAAAAUGACCACCUUUGAGAUUGAUGAGAAAAGAUUUGAAAUUAUCAAGGAAGCGUACAUGCGAUCACUUAACAACUUUCGAGCUGAACAGCCUCACCAGCAUGCUAUGUAUUACCUCCGACUGUUGAUGACAGAAGUUGCUUGGACCAAAGAUGAGUUAAAAGAAGCUCUGGAUGAUGUCACUCUUCCCCGCCUCAAGGCCUUUAUAUCUCAGCUGUUGUCACGGUUACACAUCGAGGCUCUUCUCCAUGGCAAUAUAACAAAACAGGCUGCAUUAGGAAUUAUGCAAAUGGUUGAGGACACUCUCAUUGAGCAUGCUCAUACAAAGCCCCUCCUUCCCAGUCAGCUAGUAAGAUACAGAGAAGUGCAGCUUCCUGACAGAGGUUGGUUUGUCUAUCAACAGAGGAAUGAAGUUCAUAACAACUGUGGCAUAGAAAUAUAUUACCAAACAGAUAUGCAGAGUACCUCUGAGAAUAUGUUUUUGGAGCUCUUCUGUCAAAUUAUAUCAGAGCCUUGCUUCAACACUCUGCGUACCAAGGAACAGUUAGGUUACAUUGUGUUCAGUGGUCCGCGACGGGCUAAUGGCAUACAAGGACUGCGAUUCAUUAUUCAGUCAGAAAAACAACCGCACUAUUUAGAAAGCAGAGUUGAAGCUUUCCUAAAAACUAUGGAGAAGUGCAUUGAAGACAUGUCAGAGGAGGCCUUCCAGAAACAUAUCCAAGCUUUAGCAAUUCGUCGUCUAGACAAACCAAAGAAGUUGUCUGCAGAGUGUGCUAAAUACUGGGGAGAAAUAAUUUCCCAGCAAUAUAACUUUGACAGAGAUAACAUUGAAGUGGCGUAUCUAAAGACCCUGACCAAGGAUGAUAUCAUACAGUUCUAUAAGGAGAUGUUGGCAGUAGAUGCUCCCAGGAGACACAAGGUAUCCGUACAUGUCCUUGCAAGGGAAAUGGAUUCCUGUCCUGUUGUUGGAGAAUUUCCAAGCCAAAAUGACGUAAAUCUGGCACCAGCACCCCCUUUGCCACAGCCUGAUGUGAUUCAAAAUAUGACAGAGUUCAAACGCAGUCUACCACUCUUUCCGUUGGUGAAACCACAUGUCAAUGUCAUGGCUUCAAAACUGUGAAGAAUCCCAAUGGAUGAAGAAAUGCAAAGGGAUCAAUUUCAAGGGGUUUCAUUAUGAACAAACAUCUUAAAGAUUAUUAGGAUAAACAAUCCUGUCCAUUCUGAGAGUCCCUGAUUCACUCUUGGUUCAUUCAUCAUUAAUGGUGUGAUAGGGAUACAGAGAAUUAGAAAAUUAGUUGUAGUCAUGUGUCAUUUAUAUUACAAAACAACUGUUGAAAACCAAAAUCAACCAGAAUAUUAAAGGUUCUUGUAGAUGAGUAUAUUUUUAAAAUAGUAUAUCCCUUAAAAUUAUCAUUUUGAUAAUGGAAUUUGAAGAAGCCUCCAGACGAAAUUGAUGUUGCUUAAAAUAUCCAUGUUAUUCUUGCAAAAGGCCAUUGAAAAUAGCUCUAUAAUAAUUUUUUCAGGAAAAAAGUAUUAAGCCUUUUGGUGGGGGAGGGAGGAGCAAAACUUUUCAUAAAAAGGAAGCUUUGACAUUUUUUGAAGGAUAAAGUGUUA